AUGCCUGAAGGCGAGCAGAACGGGAUCGACUUCAAUCGACAGAUAAAGACAGAAGAUAUCCACGACUCACCUCACUCAGCCUCCACGCUGAAGACAUGUCACCUGACGCAGAGCUCUCCGAUGCAUGGAGGUCAGCUGACUGGGGAACUCACCUCUCUUCACACCAUGCAGCAGCUGGUUCUGAUGCCACCGUCUCACCUGUCCUCUCCGUCCCCCUUCCUGCUCUCCCAGGGUCCCACCAGCCACCAAGCCCUCCUGCAGCAGAACCUGCUGUCCCUUCCUAGCCAGAGUCAAACGAGUCUCCUUCAGCAUCAGCCUGGACUGGCUCUGACUCCACAGGCUAUGAGUCGCUCCGGUCUGGCGGGACCAUCGAUGGAGAACCACAUGGACAUGUCCCACCUGCAGAUGCCCAAACACAUGUCAGUCCCCCCGCAGGAAGAGGCCAGUGAUCUGGAGGAACUGGAGCAGUUUGCUAAAGCGUUCAAACAAAGACGCAUCAAACUGGGCUUCACGCAGGGAGACGUGGGCCUUGCGAUGGGAAAACUGUACGGGAACGAUUUCAGCCAGACCACGAUCUCUCGCUUCGAGGCUCUCAACCUCAGCUUCAAGAACAUGUGCAAGCUCAAACCUCUGCUGGAGAAAUGGCUGAGUGACGCAGAAAACUCACCUUCUGACCCGAUGAACAACCCUACCUCUCUGCCGCCCCUGAUUGAGGGCUACGGACGCAAACGGAAAAAGAGGACAAGCAUCGAAACGAACAUCAAGAUGACUCUGGAGAAACGUUUCCACGAUAACCCCAAGCCCAACUCUGAGGAGAUAACCCUGAUCUCAGAGCAGCUGUCCAUGGAGAAGGAGGUGGUUCGAGUUUGGUUCUGUAAUCGGCGUCAGAAGGAGAAGAGGAUCUACUGCCCGGUGUCAAAUUUAUCCGUCAAAUCGCACAGCUACAACUCCAGAAUGGCGUCAGUAUCCAGAUCCUACAGCCCUCUGGCUUCAGGCGGAGUUUCAUCAAAUUCCUCUCCGAACAGCGCAAGCCGCGAAGCUUCUCCAAACAGUCUGUCUGCUGUCUCCGCCUCUUUAACGUCUCAGGUCAACCAGGCUUCCUACAGCACACCAGGGACCUGGUACCGCGCAUGGAACCCGGCUGCAUAUCAUCACUGAGAAACACGAACUGUAUCAUAUGAAGCUUCUCAAGAUUGUUUUUGUUUGACACUGAAGACGUGACGCAGUAACACAAUAUGAGGCUAUAAAACCUUAGACGGACCCAUAAGACAAAGCAAGCAGCACGAGCAGAGGACUGGAGUCCCGACGGCCUCCAGCUGUUUGAUUUGUGUUUGUGUGACUCUUUAGUCUGCGUACGUCAGCUGCAGAGACGAAGAACACACAGAAAAAUACACACAUGCAAAAAAACAACAAAAAAAGCACAGGUGAUGACAGAUGAAGACUCAAUUAACCUUUUUGAAUGUUGAAGGAUUCACUGAGAUUGUGAACCGAGAUGUUCUUUACGCCAUCUUCACACGGGGCUGCGACUAUCUCAGUUGUUGCUGUUUAUUAUGUGUUUCUAUGUUCAUAUUAUAGUUUGUGUUUGUGUUGCCGAAUUUGACGCAAUCCUAACAUUGCAUACUGCUAGCCUGUCUAUAUGAAUACCAGUUUAAAAAAGUUUGGACACACUUUCCCAUUCACUUCAAUGAGACAGCGCGUCCAACAGUUUGCACACUUGAUGCUGAUGAAGCAGAUUAGCUUUUGGUUGUUGUUGUUUUGUUUUUUUCAUGUUAAACUUACUAAAUAAUAACUAAGGAUGUGUUUUUUUCUGAACUUAAACUUUGAUUGUUGCUUAUUUAGUCAAUAAUUUAUAGAAAUACUUAGAUAGAUUUUAAACCUUUAAACCUUCUGAAGCUUUAAACAAACAUUUAGUGAACCAGGAAGUAGUUCGUAUGACGUGUCGUACGACUGCCUCUAAAGUCAAAACUGUUUAUAGCUCUUCUGAAUGGCUGCAUACGACUGCCCCCCAGACCUCCCUCCAAGAAUAACUUUUGUAUGACUUUAUAGUUUCGGUGUGAUGAAUUGUAAAAAUAUGCAAACAUUUUGGUGCAAACUUUUGGACAGUCUCUCCUCGAAGGCAAUCAUGUGAUGCUCAUUUGUACACACAAGAAGUGGGUUUGCGCCCCGUUCACACAUACAAAAACUAGAGGAACCUGCAACCUGGAGGUCCAACCUUUUCCAGUCUUAAAGGUCCAGUGUGUAGCUGCUUCAAAAACACCUUGGCGAAGAAAAUUUAUUUAAGCUACGUAAUUCCCUCAUAGUCCAACAUCUAGCUAGCUAGUUAAUUUAUUUACCGGCAUAGUAAAUGUUAUCAAAUCAGAAAGAAAGUGGUAAAACAGCCCAAAAGAAAAUGUUUCUCGCAAUGCAUUUAAGAUCUAUAGUCAGAAAUGUAAUAUAAUAUUCAUAAAUAUAUUUUCAUUAGUGUAUAAUCACCUGAAAAUAGGAAUUGUUGUGUUUUUGUUACCUUAGAAUUAGUUUUUAUCUACAGAGGGC